GGUCCAAUAGGUGUAGUAGGUCUGAUAGAUAUAGCAGGUCCGACAAAUGUAGCAGGUCAGGUAGAUAGAGUAGGUCCAACAGGUGCAGCAGGUCUGAUAGAUAUAGUAGGUCCGACAGAUACAGCAGGUCAGGUAGGUAGAGUAGGUCCAACAGGUGCAGCAGGU